AUGAAUACAUCAAUACCUCAACUCCCUUAGGCUUCCAUCUAUGAACCGACAAUAUCAAUUCAGAAAAUUUAACCACAUUAUCGAUUUGAUUCUAAUAAUAUGCCUAGAAUCCAAUGUUAUUACCAUUAAGACAAUCCAAAUAAUUACAUUAAGUACUUUUGCAGACAGCCUGAAUGUUUAAUGCCUUUAUGUGAUAAGUGUGUUUAGUAGCAUUUGAAUUAAUACCAUACUCAAUCUUAAAGUAAUAUUGUACCUUUUGAAACCAUACUUUCAGAAAUCUAUUAAAAUUUAGCAGCAGAUUGUAAUGAAAUGUGUGAUCAAAUCAAUAAAAUUCAAUAAUUAUCAGAAAGGACUACAACCGAUAAAUUAGUUGGUAAACAAUCAUUAUAAACAAAUCCAAUCAAAUUGAUAGAAUCUGCAAGAGAUCAGGUCAUAGCGAUUGUCAAUAACUAUUUUGAUACUUUGAAGACUUAUCUUUUAACUUAGAUUGAAGAGCCAUUACCUGAUCUAAAUGUUAAACCUGCCAUAAAAGACUUAAAAUUAAGAUGGGAAUAAAACAUCAAAGAUUUAGAGUCCAUAAAUAAUCCAGUAGCAUCCAUUGAAAAAGUAAUUGAAUACUGCGAAGAAGAAUUAAGAAAGAAGAAUGAUACCAUCUUGAAUGAAGCAGACAAAAUAAUCAAAUUACUUGAGACAUUUACACCACAAUAUAGACAAUACGGAGUGGAUAUUCCUCAAUUAUUUGUCGAUCCAACAUUUUUACCAAGAUUUUUGUGGGUGUUAGAGAGAUAUGCUUUUUUCAAUCGUCCUCCUUUAGAACCAGAAAUCCUUCCUCCCCCAAGAGUAGUAGAACCUAUGCCUGUUUAUGAUAUUCCACCUCCCCCCAGAUAUUAUGACCCAUAUCCACCUAUGGAAUAAGUUGUUUAUAGGGAUCCCAUUGUUAUCAGGGAACCUGUAUUUAGAGAUAGCUUGAUUAGAGAGAACGAGUAUCCAGAAGAGUAUGAUGAUGCAUAUUGGCAACGAAGAAAUAGAGGAAGACAAUAAUAAUAAUUCGACUAUUAUCCAGAUAUUGAAAAUGAUGCCUAUUAAAUGAAGACUAGUGUCUCUAAAGAAAAAAGGAGAAAAUCAAAAGUCUAAGAAUCUCCUAAACCAAAAUAUAAGAUAACUGAACAAUAUGAAUCACAGAAAAAAAAAAAAACUAACAAAUCCAAAGGUCCCAAAGAAAUAGUCAUUAGUCAUGCAACACCCUCAUAUAUUAAUAUGACAACAACCUAAAUUCCCUAAUAGUAUUAGCCUUAACAGACAACUACAUAACAAGUGUAACCUACCUAUUAGGCUCUUUAAACGGCCAAUAUUUUAUUACCAACGAACACCUAAUUGGACUUGACUCAAAAAGCACCUUCGGGAAUGACUAAGUCAAAAAUUACAAACUAAGCCUAUAAAAAUUUAUGA